AUGAUGGGACAGAUGGGUGGACUUGGUGGUGACGAAGAUUUAUCACCAUUGGAUGAUGAACCAGAUAGUGAUGAUGAUGAUGGUUAUGUAGUAGGUUAUCCAGCUGUCAGAGGUUAUGUAGUAGGUUAUCCAGCUGUCAGAGGUUGUGUAGUAGGUUAUCUAGUAGUUGGAGGUUAUGUAGUAGGUUAUCUAGCAGUUGGAGGUUAUGUAGCAGGUUAUCUAGCGGUUGGAGGUUAUCUAGCAGUUCGAGGUUGUCUAGCUAUCAGAGGUUAUGUAGUAGGUUAUCUAGUAGUUGGAGGUUGUGUAGUAGGUUAUCUAGCUAUCAGAGGUUAUGUAGUAGGUUAUCUAGCUGUUGGAGGUUGUGUAGUAGGUUAUCUAGCUGUUGGAGGUUGUGUAGUAGGUUAUCUAGCUAUCAGAGGUUAUGUAGUAGGUUAUCUAGCUAUCAGAGGUUAUGUAGUAGGUUAUCUAGCUAUCAGAGGUUAUGUAGUAGGUUAUCUAGCUAUCAGAGGUUGUGUAGUAGGUUAUCUAGUUGUCAGAGGUUAUGUAGUAGGUUAUCUAGUUGUCAGAGGUUAUGUAGUAGGUUAUCUAGCUGUUGGAGGUUAUGUAGUAGGUUAUCUAGCUGUUGGAGGUUGUGUAGUAGGUUAUCUAGCUGUCAGAGGUUAUGUAGUAGGUUAUCUGGCUAUCAGAGGUUGUGUAGUAGGUUAUCUGGCUAUCAGAGGUUAUGUAGUAGGUUAUCUAGCUAUCAGAGGUUGUGUAGUAGGUUAUCUAGCUAUCAGAGGUUGUGUAGUAGGUUAUCUAGCUGUUGGAGGUUGUGUAGUAGGUUAUCUAGCUGUUGGAGGUUGUGUAGUAGGUUAUCUAGCUGUCAGAGGUUAUGUAGUAGGUUAUCUAGCUGUUGGAGGUUGUGUAGUAGGUUAUCUAGCUCAAGCCUUUACUUCCAUGUUGAUUGCCAGGUUGUUUGACUAGCAAUCUGCAGGAUUGAAAAAUCCGUUACUUAACAUGUUCAUCGUUUUAGUCAUAUUAAAUCCCACUAUUUGCUGGUAAAGAGUUCCCCAAGAGUUGGUGGUGGAUGGUAGUUAAUAGCUGCCUUCCUUUUUGUCUUGUCACCUCAAAAUUAGUGAAGCAAACAAAUCCUUGUUGAUGACUGUUCACUUGAUUUAAUGGUGUAAAGUAGGUAUAUCUAUUUUGAGGAAAUGUUAUACUUCAGGUAUUCAUAUUAUUAGAUAUUAAAUUCAUAUUCUACAAACAUUAACGAGGCAUCAUAAUUUAGUUUUAAAACGUACGUAGUUUGUGAAAAGUUUCAAAGCAUGUUUUUAUUUUUU